AUGGCGUACAACUCUCCAAAUCCCAUCCCGUUCUCAGAGCCACCUUAUCUUCGUGGCCUCCCUUCUCCCUACAUCACACCUGCCCACCGCCGCUUCCAACGAGCAUGUCGUAAAUUUGCAACGGAGAAUUUGAUUCAACAUGCGUUGGAGUGGGAGCGCGAAGGAACAGUCCCCGAGCAUGUAUUCCACACGUUCUGCAAGCAUAAUAUGCUGUUGCCCAACAUGCCGGCCCCAUUACCUGUGGAUUGGCUGAAGCGCCUGGGAAUCAACGAUAUUCUGGGUGUCAAGGUUGAAGACUGGGACUACAUCUAUACUGGCAUUUACUGUGAUGAGAUCGCCCGUUCUGGUCUUAGUGGCCCCGGUGCAUCUCUGACCGCCGGGUUCGCUUUUGGAAUUGCGCCAAUCUACAAAUUUGGUAGUGCUGAGUUACAAGAACGGUUCCUGCCCGACUUGCUUACGGGUAAGAAGCGAGGCUGUAUUGCCAUCACGGAGCCUGAGGCCGGUAGUGAUGUCGCGAAUAUCACCACAACUGCCGUCAAGAGUGCCGAUGGUCAGCACUACAUUAUAAAUGGAUCUAAGAAAUGGAUCACGAAUGGUAUCUGGUCGGACUAUACCACCAUGGCCGUGCGAACAGGUGGACCAGGAGCCUCAGGUCUUUCUGUUUUGGUUGUGCCUCUGAAGGGCCACCCCGGUGUUACAAUGCGCCGACUGAAAGUCUCAGGCCAGAUCACAGGUGGGACCACAUACAUUGAGCUCGACGAUGUCAAGGUUCCUGUGUCGAACAUCAUUGGCAAAGAAGGCGACGGCAUGCGUAUUAUCAUGACUAACUUCAACCACGAGCGACUUGUUAUUGCAGUUGGAGUCACUCGUCAAGCUCGGGUGGCCCUUUCCGCCGCUUUCUCGUACUGUCUUAAGCGCGAGGCUUUCGGAAAGACGCUCAUGGACCAACCCGUGGUCCGCCAUCGGUUAGCUAAGGCAGGCGCUGAGCUUGAAUCUAUGUGGGCGUGGGUUGAGCAAAUAUUGUACCAACUGGUCCAUCUCAGCAAAGAGGAAGGUGAUCGUCAACUUGGUGGCCUAACGGCAUUGGCUAAAGCGAAGUCCGCUAUGGUUCUGAACGAGUGUGCUCAAACAGCGGUGUUGUUGUUUGGAGGAAGUGGAUUUACCAAAACUGGUCAGGGUGAAUUGGUCGAAGCUAUUCUUCGCGAUGUUCCUGGUGCCCGUAUUCCGGGUGGCUCAGAAGACGUGCUCCUCGAUCUGUCUGUGCGUCAAUUGGUCAAGCUCUAUCAAGCCGAAGAGAAGAAGCUCUCACAGAAUUCCAAGAUUUGA